AUGGCCAAGACCUAUGAUUACUUAUUUAAGUUGCUGCUAAUUGGGGACAGUGGCGUUGGGAAAACUUGUGUUUUGUUCCGUUUUUCUGAUGAUUCAUUCAAUAAUUCUUUUAUCUCGACAAUUGGAAUUGAUUUUAAAAUCAGAACGAUUGAACUUGAUGGGAAAAAAAUCAAACUUCAGAUUUGGGAUACUGCAGGUCAGGAACGUUUCCGUACUAUCACUACAGCUUAUUAUCGUGGAGCCAUGGGAAUUAUACUGGUUUACGAUAUUACAAAUGAGCGAUCUUUCGAAAACAUUAAAAAUUGGAUCCGCAAUAUUGAGGAGCAUGCAGCUCAGGACGUUGAAAGAAUGAUCAUAGGAAACAAAUGUGAUAUCGAGGAGCGUCGUGAAGUUUCAAGAAAUCGCGGUGAACAGCUCGCAAUUGAAUACGAGACGAAGUUCAUGGAAACGUCUGCAAAAGCAAACUUGAACGUCGAUGAAGCUUUCUUCACGUUAGCUCGUGAUAUCAAAAGCAAAAUGGAACAAAAUGAAAUGCGCGCUGGGGGUACCGUGUCAAACUCAGGACGCGUGAACAUUGGCGGCAGUUCACACAAGAAAGGCUUUUUCAGCAACUUCAGUUGCACAUUACUAUAA